AUGGACCGGAGAGACAAGGCCAGGGCGGGCGCCGCUGCGCGGACCGCGGCUUCGCACCCCCCGGGUCGCCGGAAAGCCCCCAGGCCCCCAGCGGCUCCUCGGGCCCCGCCACCUGUCACCCCCGCAGCCCUCAGGGCUCCGGGGGCCGCGGGAGCUGCGGGGCGGGGGCCCCCGGCCGAGCGAGCGCCCAGCGCCCGGCCAGCCGCCCUUCCGGACGCUCCUCCCGCGGCGGAGCCCACGAGGGGCCCCCGGACCUGCCCCGGCAGCCCAGCCGCGAGGCCCGCAGCGGCGGCGAGAGGGGCGCGGACCGCUGCCAGGACCCCCGGCCCAGGCUCUGUCUCCAGCCCCGGACGAGCCGGCGGUGCCACCAGGCUAGGUCCUCUGGGGCCGAAGGCACUCCGGCCGCCAGCGGAGGAGCCGAGGGGCAGAGGAAAACCCCCAGAAACUCCCAGAGCGAGUGCCCUGAGUGUGGAGGCGCGGAGAGACUCUUUCGGUCCCACGCCAGGCGCUCCCCUCCCCGCCAUCUCCCCUCGGCCUCGGGGUGGGGGUGCUGAUGUGGGGCUCCCCCGGCCAGCUUCCAGUGCCCGGCCCCGUCCCCUGGCGGAGGCCCCCCGGAAACCAGCGAGCCGUGCCCCGGAGCGCAGCGCCGCGGAGCCGAGCCCUGCGGCCCGGAGACGGCCCGGCACCGGCGGCGGCGCCCAGAGGCCGGCCCCGCGCCCCCCGGGCUCCGGCGCCACCCCGCUGUCCUCCCCGGCUCGCUCCCCUGCCUCGCUGGGGCGCUCCUCGCAGGCCAAGCCGAAAGGGCUGCAGGCUCUGUGCCCCCAACAGGCCGCACCUUCCAGGAAGGGCGCAGCCAGCCUGCAGAGCCUCUCGCCCCCUUUGGCCACUUCGUCUCCGCGGGUUCGGACCGCACCACGGGCACCGCCCAGCCUUAUCGCUGCCUCUGCUCUGCGGGACACACCCCUUCCCUCUGCACCCCCCACGCCUCCUUCCCGGGCCCCGGCGGGCCCUCUGACCACGCCCCUCCCGCUGGCCCCGCCCCAUGCCCCGCCCCCUCAGCGGAACUUCCCCUCCCCGCCUGCCACGCCCCCCUUGCCAGCUCCCCUCGUCCACCUGAGCGCAUCCCUUCCGGCGGCGCCCGCCUCUCCCACGGCCGCUCUUCCAGCUCUGCAGAGCGCGUCCCCUGCCCAGGCUCCUCCGGCUUUGCCCUCUCUGCCGGCUCUGCCCUCUCCCCCGUCCACACCGCCUUUGUCAGCCCGUCUGUCACCGGCCACGCCCCCUCCGCAAGCCCCUCUUCCUCAGGCAAGGUCUCCGCAGAGCUUACCCUCUCCCUCAGCCACAGCCCGGCGGCAGGACUUUCCUGCGCUGGCCGCGCCCCCGCCGCCGGCCGGCCCUCUGUCUCCGCCCCAUCUUCAGCCCCCGGCCUGCACCCUGGCCGCCCCUCCCCCGCAGGAUCCUCCUCCAGCCUCAGCCCCUCCGCAGGCUCCGCCUUCCCCACUGACCACGCCCCCUCCACAGGCUCCGCCUUCCCCACUGGCCACGCCCCCAGCGCAGACCCCACCUCUGGUCCCAUCCCCUCCGCAGGCCCCGCCUUUCCCGCUGGCCACGCCCCCAGCGCAGACCCCACCUCUGGUCCCAUCCCCUCCGCAGGCCCCGCCUUCCCCGCUGGCCACGCCCCCAGUGCAGACCCCACCUCUGGUCCCGUCCCCUCCGCAGGCCGCUCCCUCUUUGGUCCUGCCUCCUCUGCAGGCCCCACACUUUCUGGCCUCGCCAGCUUUGCAAGCCCCUCCCCUGGGCACGCCCCCUCCACAGAGUCCCUCUGCUCUGGACACACUUUCUCUGCAGGUCUCUCCCUCUUCUCAGGCCCUGUCCCCUCCACAGGUCUCCCUUCCUCUGGCCUCACCGCCUUUGCAGGCCACUCCCGCCGCGUCCAGUCCUCUCCUAGAAGCUAUGGCCCCUGUGCAAACCCAAACUCUGGCCUUGCCUUCUCUGCCAGACCCUCCCCCUCCAAUGGCCACGCCCCCUCCCCCGGCUCCACCUUCUCUAGUCCUGUCCCCUCUGCAGGCCCUUCCCUCUCCCCCUGCCUCUGCCCCUCUUCAGACCCCACGCCGCCCCCCAACCCCGGGCCCCGACGCCCCGAUCCCGGGCCCGCGGCUGACCCUGGCGCUGGCCCCGGCGCCGCCGCCGCCGCCCUCGCGCAGCCCGUCCAGCACGCUGAGCGGCCCGGACCUGGCGGGCCACAGCAGCAGCGCCACCAGCACCCCGGAGGAGCUGCGCGGCUACGACAGCGGCCCCGAGGGCGCCGCCGCCUCCCCGCCCGCCGACGCCGAGCUCGCCGCCUGCCAUCCAGCCGCCUGGAGCCGAGGGCCCGCCCCGCCGCUGGCCGGCCGCGGCGCCCCGGGGGGCCCCCUGCCCUGGCCUCCGGCCGCUGGGUCCGGCGCUGCGGACGGCCUGUGCACCAUCUACGAGGCUGAAAGGCCGGAGUCGGCGACCGCCGCCCAGGGAGCGCUGGAGCCCGGGUCCGGGCCCGGCGCGGGUGGCGGGAAGGUGGCGGCCGGGCCCGGGACGCUGGCGGCCUCGCGCAGCGGGAAGCCGGCGCGCCUGGGCGAGCUGCCGCUGGGGGCGCUGCAGGCGAGCGUCGUGCAGCACCUGCUGAGCCGGACGCUGCUGCUGGCGGCGACCGAAGGUGCGGCCGGCGACAGCGGCUGUGGCCCCGGCAGCGCUGGGGGCGGUGGCGGCGCGGUUGGCGCCCGGACUGCGCUCAGCGAUGCCGAACUGGGUCGCUGGGCCGAACUGUUGUCUCCUCUGGACGAGUCCCGCGCCAGUAUCACCUCCGUCACCAGCUUCUCCCCGGACGACGUGGCUUCCCCGCAGGGUGACUGGACGGUGGUGGAGGUGGAGACCUUCCACUGA